GCUUUACGACAGUUGUAGUCGGAAGUAGACCACAAUGCCGGCGCUCAUGAGAACAGCGGCGUGGACGUCCAGAACGAGGUUUGCCGCUGGUCUGACAGUUUUGUUCCCGUUUCUACCCAGAGCAGCGAUAUUUCCAGGGGCCCGAACACUUCAUUUUCAAGUUGAUGCACGUCGGUACGCCGCACGUAGCCCGGGAACCGCGAGAGCUGCAAUAACGGGCUUAUCGCCCCUUCAAACAGGGUUGAAUCACUUAACGUUAGGUGCCUCCACAUUUCGUUUCUGCAAGAGGAUGACAACUUCAACCGACAGCAUGGUCCAGAGAUUGGUGUGGGUGGAUCUGGAGAUGACUGGACUGGACAUCGAGAAGGACCAGAUAAUUGAAAUGGCCUGCAUCAUAACGGAUUCCAACCUGAACAUUUUGGCAGAGGGUCCAAAUCUAAUAAUAAAACAGCCAGAUGAACUUUUGGAUGGAAUGUCAGACUGGUGUAAGGAACAUCAUGGAAAGUCGGGGCUGACGCAGGCUGUGCGGAACAGCAAGAUCUCCCUGCAGCAGGCCGAGUACGAGUUCUUGGCCUUCAUCCGGGACCACACCCCUCCCGGCCACUGCCCCCUAGCAGGAAACUCUGUACACGCUGAUAAGAAGUUUCUGGACAAGUACAUGCCCCAGUUCAUGCGGCACCUCCACUAUCGGAUCGUGGACGUCAGCACCAUCAAGGAGCUGUGCAGGCGCUGGUUUCCUGAGGAAUACAAACUUGCCCCACAGAAGAAAGCAUCACACAGAGCGCUGGACGACAUUUCCGAGAGCAUUAAAGAGCUGCAGUUUUACAGAGCCAACGUCUUCAAGGUGGUGACGGAGGAGAAGACGCGGAAGAUCGUGGAGAACGGGGAAGGCCGGAUGUGCCCGAGCUGAGCCGAGAGAGGAGAGAGGCGGCGAGGCGACGUUCGAGAGCCAAGACGAAAAAAAUGAAAACUUAUUUGCACGCGGUUGUCGACUGCAGACGUACUCUGGGACCCUCCGUUGUUUUAGAUUCCCGGCUCUGUAUGCGGCUGUUAACGCAGUGAAAGCAGAGUGACUUUAUUUCGGGUUGCACGUUCGUUUCCUUUGAUAGGUUUUCGUUUGAACGGAGAAUAAACCGUUAGCAGUGUGGCUGUAUUUCAAUGGUGCGUCUUGAGGCGGAAUGUUUCUUCUUUGGAAUCUUCUGCUCAGUGUCUGUUUUUUUUUCUCCCCUUAUUGUAAAACAAAAAUAAUAAUCCGUUACUGAA